UUGGAGUAGGUCAUGGUCCGCAACUAGUUCCUAGAGAGAGAGAGAAAAGGAACAUAGCUAGUUAGGGCGACAAAUUGAAUCGGCGACAAUGAUCUACGACGUGAACUCUCCCCUCUUCCGAUCCUUCCUCAGCCAGAAAGGCGGCUCCUCUGACAAGAGGAAAAUGGAAGAGCAAAAACCAAAGGAGCAGAAACCCAAGGCAAAUGAGAAUAAGCCUAUUAUGACAGAGUGAUAUCUACUUGGGCUAUAAUGUUCCAAAUUCGGAUAGGGUGGGAGGUUUCUUUACUCUAAUGAUAAGAGUUGGUAAUUACAUGAUUAAACCCAUGGUUAUGACUUUACUUUUGGGUUUGUAAUGGUCUCUGUUUGGACGUGUACCUGUUCCUUUUUUUAAUCUGAGUAUGGAUUUUCUUCUUCUUCUUCUUCUUCUUCUUCUUGUUAUUGAACUCCUUUUUCCCAGAUUUUCUUCUGGUUUUUCUCUCGUGGAAUGAUCAAGGACUGGUGAUUGACUAAUUUGACUUAAAAGGAUUGAGGCUUUCUUUAGUAGAAAACUAAUGGUAGAUACUAGAUGCUGCUUUGGUUCGUUAAGAUGCUGAAAUUGUCAACAGUAAGCCCUACUAGCGCAUAUGUUUACUUGGAAGUCAUUUUAAUCGCCUGAUCACGUGGUUUUAAGGUGGGCUCCGUACGGGUUUGAAUGGAUCGCUCUCUAAUUUGAGUUUUAAUGGUUCAUUGUCUAGUCAUCUGUUGGCAGAGCCAGAUUAUCAAUGUUAUGCUACACGAAGCGCAAGCUUCAUACAAUUACUUUAAAUAUUGGAUGACCAAAAAUACAGUGGGAGUGUUCUUCUCCAAUUCUCUACCUGUCCACUUUCCCGAGCUCUCUGGGUCUCAACUGUCCUGACCGUGCUGCCGUUGAGGUGCGGAGAAAAUGCCGCUAACAUAGCCAUUAUUUUGUGGUAUAGAGAGAAGUUAGAACUCCUGUAGUUGAUCCAAGGUGUUUUUAGAUGCAUUAGCUAUAGUUUAUCAGGAAUCAAUCACUUAAGGCUCAGCCAUGGGAAGAUUAAAACAUCAAUCAAUAAGCAAACAAGAUUACCAAGUACACAUUGGUCUUGAUUCGUUUUAGUCAAAAAGGAGAUGGGAAAGAUAUCUGUUAAAGCUUCCACUGAGACCCCGUUGCAUACCAGCGGAAGCGAUAGGGUCGCCCAGCCAGCCAACUGACAUGGUAUGGGUCCCCUGAGAGGUAACAAGCCGGGGACCCUCAGGUUGCAGGCAGGGGAUGAACUUGAGUGGCUAUGAGUAGCUCCCCAUGUGCAUUCCCAUCUUACCUUCCAAACACCUCAAUUACCUUCUGUCUCCUAUUAUCGCUCUUCCUGUAUGUGAGGUACCCACCACCUUUCUCCUAGUUGAGAUAUGUCCCUUUCGAAUCAAAUGAGUUCAACAGCCCAGAGCAAAGGUCGAAAGAAAGCAUGGAUGUGCUAUGGUGUCGGAAUCCAAUUCAAGGUAGAUUUGGGCAUAUAGUCAGACACAGAAGAGAUAAAAUUCAGGAGGCAAGAAUGGUGGAAUACUCACAUUUCACAUUAUGUCAACCUUUUGAAAGAAAUAGAGGUUGUAAAUGAGGCUUUUGAUUGCUUUAAUACUUUCCAUUCUAGUCAAAAGAAGCAACUUUUGAUGCAUAAGGGGCCCAUGAAAUUCGACUUAAGAGAUCCAGAAAAAGUUUGAUUCCACCCAUACAAUUGACUUGUUUGAAUAAAUCCCUCGUAAAGUAUCUUUCAAUUAUGUCAAGGUUAAUUAGGGAUGUAUGCAGCAACUACCGUGUGAUCUUUUUGUCCCAUGAAUCCUUUUCAUUUCAUCUCAAACUCUUGGUAGAAAACUUGAAAUAAGAAAAUAAGGAAAAGUUGUAAACCAAAAACAUACAGCAGUUUCCUCUCUGAAAAGGUGGGUUUUUGUGUGCAUAUGAAUCUCUAAAGCUUGUAAAUAUGAUAGUAAGUUUGUUUUUAGAGACUCUUUGACAGAAGUUGAUUAGGUCAAUUCUCUUUGAAAGCAUUUAAUUUGUACAGAUUCCAUGUAAUUAUUAAAGAGGACUUGAAGGUUUGUCUAUGCAAAUCUGAAGGAAGGAGAAAAAAGAAAGAAAACAUGGUAAUUAUGGAGGCAGUACAAAGUUUUUAAAGGUGCUUUUCUUUCUAGUAGUAGUUAUCCUCUCUUCCCAGUCUCCUCCUUUAUUCACGCCCGUCUCUCACUUCCCAUUUCACACUUUUCUCUUCCACCUGCUAAAACAAAAACAAGAAAAAGCUCCAUCUCCAUUGCAUUCCAUAGCAGAGAGGGAAUAAAAACCAAAACAUCCUUCACUUUCUUUCUUUGACACUAAGAGAGAAAAUGUCGGAUUAUUCAAGUACCUUCAAGAAGAUAGGAUUCUCCCGUCUUCUCCUCUCUGACUUAAUCCAAUUCUGUUUCUUCAUUCUCUCCCACCCUCUUUACUUCUGUUACUUCAUCUUCUUCUCCCCAUAUCUUCUAAAGCUCCUCUCUUUCCUCUCUCCUCUCCUUAUCACAACCUUUCUUCUCCUCCUUGUUCUUCUUACUGUCUCUCCCAAACUUGUUCAAGAGUACUCUCACUCUGAAUCUUCAGAAUCCAAAGUCGGUUCUCUUGUUAGUACAUAUCGAACUCUUUUCGAAAGAUUCCAACCAAAAGUGGACGCUGGAAAUGAAGAUUUUCAACAAUUUGAGGAGCUUGAAGUGUUUAAGAUUGUGUUUGACAAAUCUACAUCUGAAAUUGGAGAGGCCCCCGUGGAAGUUUUGGAAUGGGAAGUCAAAGAAGUUUGCUCAGAAGCAUAUGAAGCACCUGUUGACAAGAGUGUGGGUUCUGGAGGCAAUUGUAUUAGGGGAUUGGAAGCUCUAACUGGCAAUUCUGAUGCAUAUCAGGUUCCGACUACACAGCCAGGAAUCACUCAGCAGAAUGUGGAAGUGAAGAGAUUAGAAUGCUUUUUUCAAGAAGAGAAUGAGUUGGAAACUAUAUUUUGUGUAAAGGAAGAGAGAGAAAUCAACCAACCAGGUAGCAUAGAGUUCUAUGAAGCGGAAGAAGGAAAAGAAGAACCAUCCAUGAGAAACGGAUCAAAGGCAAUGUAUAUUAAAACAAAUGACAGUAAUACAUUGAGCACCGACUACGGUGAAAAGCAUGAUCCCCAGGUAAUGGUAAACUCGCAGAGACUUGGUGCAAGUGUGGGGAGUCCAAGAAAUGUGGGAGAGUAUUCUUCAAAAUCUAUGGAGAAUUCUGAAGAAUUGGGCUCUAAACUUGGAAGUUUUGGUUCAAUGAGGAAAGAGAAGGAAUGGAGAAGGACAUUGGCAUGCAAGCUUUUUGAGGAGCGACACAAUGUGGAUGGAGGUGAAGGAAUGGAUAUGCUUUGGGAGACAUAUGAGUCAGAAUCGAAAAAGGUGCAGGGAAGAAUCAACAAAAAGAAGAAGUCAGGCAAAUCGGUUGGGUACGAGGAGGAUGAGGUGGAAGAGGAAGACAUUGAUGGGCAGUUGUGCUGCUUACAGGCUUUGAAAUUCUCAGCAGGGAAGAUGAACUUAGGAAUGGGAAGGCCUAAUCUUGUCAAGUUCUCCAAGGCCUUUAAAGGGAUAGGAUGGUUGCACCAUUUUGGCAGGCAUAGCAAGAAGGGUUACCACUGAAUCAUAUCAACUUAACUAUGUCAAAAUGUAUUUGAUGUUUUAAGGAUCACAAGUAAAUAUUGCCUCUUGUUUUUAUUUUGUUUUUUUCUUCCUCUCAAUUUGGAGACUCUCCAUUGUGAAACAAUCAGCAGCAAAUGUUGUGCUACUUGAUGUAUUACAGAGAGAGGCUCCAGCUUUUUGCCUCUGGUUCUGACCAAAAGAGGAGAGAUAUUCAAUGAAAGUAUGUGUACUGGUAAUGGUGUUAGAGCCCUUUUAA